CUAACCAAAAUUCAUUCAACUGCUGAACUUACAACUGUUAGGCUGUACUUAAAAUAUUACUUAUGUGGAUUAAUUAAGUAAAACCACUUAAAAAUAUGGGUACUGGGAAAGCUGUGGAUAAGGCGUUAACUUUAUUACGGUAUUUACCUCGGGUCUGUCUGGCUAAUAUACGUACCAAUCCUGGUGCAAAAAAAUGUAAAAAACGUGGUCGUGGUCAACAUGGGGGUGACAAACAUGGUGCAGGUAACAAGGGAUCCGGUCAACGACAAAAUUAUAUGAGGUUGGGAUAUGAGACUGGUAACACUCCUUUUUAUCUUCGCUUCAAACGUGAACCAUAUUACAAAGGACAUCAUUUACGACGACAAUAUCCACCUCUUUCUAUGCUUAUGUUACAAACGUUGAUUGAAACUGAUAGAAUUGAUAUUUCUAAACCUAUAGAUUUGGUAGCUAUUUUGAAUACAGGCCUAUAUAGGCUAUUUCCUGAUCAACAACAGUUUGGUGUUAAUCUUACAGAUGAAGGGGUAGAUUUGUUUAAGGCAAAAGUAAAUAUAGAAGUGCAGUGGGCCAGCGAAUUAGUGAUAGCUGCAAUUGAAAAGGCUGGUGGUGUUAUUACUACUGCAUAUUAUGAUCAACAUAGUUUACAGUGCAUGCUUAACACAAGAAAGUUUUUUGAAAGAGGAGUACCAAUUCCUAGAAGAAUGAUACCACCUCAGGAUGCAAUUGAAUAUUAUACUGAUCCGGCGAAACGUGGUUAUUUAGCUGAUCCUGAGAAAGUUUCACAGGAGAGAUUAGUAUUGGCGCAAAAAUAUGGUUACACUUUACCAAAAUUAGAGGAUGACCCAGAUUAUAAUAUGUUAACAGAAAGAAAAGAUCCCAGACAAAUUUUUUAUGGUCUUCAUCCUGGUUGGGUUGUUAAUUUAAAAGAUAAAGUCAUUUUAAAACCAGAAGAAAAAGAAUUGUUAGAUUAUUAUGCUUCAUAA